AUUAUAAAAUUACAAAUUAACAUACUACUCUUAAGCGCGAUGCUUAUAAGAAUGAAUUCUUAAGUACGAUAGUGAAGCGACGCCGGUGGCCUCCUUCGUCAGCAGAAAUUGUAUAUUGUUAGGUGCAGGGCUGGCACAUAACUCCUACCCCUGCAGAUCCGCAACUAUUUGAGGACGUUGAGGGAAAAUGUUGCGGCUGGAUCACCUUCUGAGGUUCCUUGUUGCCCUUGAGUUUCAGCAUUCUGGGUCCUUUUACUGAGUCAACGAUACCCGAUGUACAUUACAAAAAUAAUUGAACAUAGGAGCAUAAUGUAGAAAGGUAAAGUAGUGUGGUAAAUGAUGGUUGGUUUUUGCGGAAUAAGCGGCAUUUGUACUUAGAUUUAAAGAACUUUAUUUCUCAUAAGAACUUAAUACUAGUUCGCUUACAAUGAGAUAUAGUACUUUAUUCUACAUUAUAUAAUAUUAGUAGCCUCUAGAGCGUUGGAAACAUUACACUGAUUACAAAUAAUCUUUUAGAUUUCUUUUGAAGACAUUCAUAUUAUCGCACUGUUUUAAUUCCUCUGGUAAAUUGUUCAAUUUGCUUCUCUAAAUUAUGUAAUCCAAUUAAAUCAAUCGUAUGUAUCUUUGAAGAUCGCUGUGGUGUCGUAGGGGUAGAGUUCAUUGGUAGUAAAAUCUUCAAAUGCUCCCCCUUUAAUUGGUUGUUUAUGUUAGAAAUGGUGAGGUCCUUAGUAUAUAGAGAGCAGUUUGACGGUAUUGUUACAAGGUAACUGCCCGUGGAAAUCGUAACACUAUAACUAUUCUAUUAUUACUAAAGUAUGACCCAGUGCGAAUUACGCUAUAGUAUUCGCGGAGUUCUAAAUCUAAUAAUUGCUCCGGUUUAUAAACGGAACUUAAAGUACCUAACAUACUACGUAACAUACCUAUAUCUAACAUAAUAUGAUGCGCUGUAGCAGUGCGCGUAAAAGCUAAACUAUCCUCAAUAUUUCUUAUAACCGAUAGUAGCUCAUUUAUAUUACCAUCAAAUGAAUUGAAUCAUUGGGAAAUCUCUGCGAAAAUUACUGUAUCUACAUGUUCAGUAUUUCGAAAUCAUAAAUUGCAUGGUUUUAUUUAUAUCAAUUUGAUUUUCUACUAAUUUAUUAAUUAAUUUCGUAUGGUCGGACAUCCACGCCUUACUAAGACUUAAAUGAUUAUUGAAUUCGGAAAUUAUAUUCUCUUGAUUACUUUGAAAUAUUUAAAUGGCCUCGUUAUAUUUAAUGGCAUCGCUGUAGUCUAAAUUACCGGUUAUACUUUGUUUUCUUGAUAAUUCCAAUAAAAUUGUUAAGAGUCUUAGAGUCUUUCUCAAUUCGAUUCUUCUGUAACGUAUAAGAAGUAUCAUCUGCUUGAGAUAAUCCGAUUUCUGCUUUUACAAACGACAUAAUUUUAGUUCUGACACUAUGACUAAGAGCCCAUCUUUCUCGUGCAGCGAUCGAAUUUGUAAAAUGGCUAACACCAGUCAAAGUAUUACCGGCAUCAGCAUUAAUCGUCUGCUCCAAAGUCAAGUCGACGGGUGAUCUGCCUAAGCAUGAUUUUGUGCGUCUAAUACCAAAUGCAUCUUCACGAAAUUCCUUAAGUAGAGUUGAAUUUUCAACCUUCGAGAAUACUACAUCAUGUUUAGUCGGGUUGGUAAUUUCAAUAAAACCUCGGUUGUUCUUCACAUUAGUAAGACAUUCAUGGAUAGUGCAAUUAGAUAUUGUCUGUUCAGUCACAAGUGCGUCACCGUCAUGAAAAUUAAUCGGAACACGAAUUAUUCUAGAUGUAUUAGCCGGUAUUAUUUCCUCAUAAAGAUUACAGUUCCGUGAAUCAUACAUUCGCAGGGGGUUGGUAAAGCUCCGUGUAACUAGGACUUUAUUUUUUAAAUCAAUGCUAGAUUCCAGUUUCUCCAGCAAGUCUAGUCCAAUUAAGCCAUCGAAAUAAUUGUGAAAUUUAUAUAUGAACAAGGUUGUAUCACAAUCUUCACCAAAUUCGCGAAAACAUGGUAUAGUUAUGGAAUAAUUAUUUCGAGUGGUCGCAUGAAUGUUAUUAACUUAAAAAGGGUCGUAAUUACACUGUGUAUUGGGAUAGAAUUUUUCUACAGCCUCGGGGCUUAUAAAUGAUUGAUUCGCCCCUGUAUCAACCAAUAAUUUUUAGGGUGGAUUAGUAAUCUGUAUGUACGGAAGUUGUCUUUGUGUUUGUAAGUUUAUUGUCUGUCUGAUUUGUGACUUGUCCGAAAAUCCUGAUUUGAGGUUGAACUCUCCUGUGUCUCUUCAACACUAGAAGGUAAGUAUUCGUUAACGUCUUGAUACUCUGUCAUGUUAUAAACUGGCUCAGAAUAGUAAUUUUCCUGGUAAUAUGGGUCAUAGUAAUAGUCGUUAUAGGAAUAAUAGUCAUAGUCAUAUUGGUCUUGGACCUCAUUAAAAUUUACAUCCUUAAAUUUGAAAUAGUUUGAAGGUGGUGGGUUCCCAUGCCUUGACCAAUCAUGCCCGGUAAAGACGGGUUUAGGUGGAAAGGUCUUACUGACAUAGUGACUAACGCCACUCAUCGGUUGAGGACUAUUAUUAACCGGCUUCUGUUGAGGACGUGGGGGUGUACGGAAGAUAUUACUUCGGGGAUUGUAAUUAGGUGGAAGGGCACGGAACAUUUGUUGGGUACGUGUGGCCAUUCUAGGUGGGUAUUGUGGGAUAGGCAUUCGAAAUUGGUGCGGAGGGUUAGGUUUGAAUUGUGGAGGAAAAGUAUAAGGUACUUGUGGUUAAUCUGUUUGACGCGUUGUUAGUGUUAUAUACAGGCUUAGGUAGAUUACUGUUAUAAUUAGAUGAAUGAUUCGGCUUAGAUGAAGCAUCGUUACGUUGCUGGAGAUAUAUGGUAUUCAAUUCUUCUUGAACGUAUUCAAGAGCCUUUUCAAUAGAAUCGGGCCUCAUGCACCUUAUACGAGACCCAAGUGGCUAACGAAGGCUUAAGGCCACGAAUAAAUGUCUGUUUCGUUAAUAUUGUGUAUAGGUGCCGUUUGGCAUCUAUGGUUGUAGAUAGGGUUUCGUGUAAAGUGACAUAAGUCAUCAUCGUACUGAAUAAAAAAAUUCUAAACCCAUAAAAGUGAAUUUUUUUAAUCAGGGUAAUCUUGCAAAUUUUAUUUUUAUUAUAGGACAAAAUACAAAACAAUUAAAAAAUUACUUCUAUUUAUUGUAAAAAAUUAAAAAUACAAUUUUUUUUUCAAAUUAUUCAGAAUCCGAGUCAUCGGACAUAAAACUACGAUCUUCAACUUCUGAAUCUUCUUCGUCAUCACUCUCUGUUUCACUUUUUUCGACAAUGUCUUCUAUCUUUAAAGGUGUAUGAUCCCCAAUGAAUCCUACUGGUUUUAAAUAUUCAUCUAAGAACCAUCCGCAGUUCUCAGGCUCAAGUUUUACGCAUAUUGGAUCCGUUGCAUUAAGCCACAUAGAAUUUAUGAAAAUAGUUCGUAAAAUUUUCUGAGUUAAUGAUAUCCAGCAUGGUGGUAUGGAGUUGGAGUCGAAGCCUUUUUUUUUUAAGUGCUCGCCGUCUUCUUUUGCAGAGUAAUUUUUCAUAAAAAUACGACGUCUAGCAUCAUUCACACUGGUGCAGUUCCUGAUACCGUACAUACUAGCCGUAAAUUCUUGAACGGUCUUCAUUUUUUCAUCAAUGAAAAUAUCAGCAGCACCUGUUAAUACUGCAAAAACUGUUUGAUAUUUUUCAUUUUUCGAAAAUUGCUGAAAAGGUUUUACUUUCCCUUUGUUGUAAAAGGCUGCCGCGUCAUCGCAACCUGUAAAUGCAGGAAGGCGGGAAGACGUUGGUAUAAUUUAAUUCCCAACUUCAACGCUAAAUCGGUGCAAUUAAUGCAAUCAACAGUUUGAUUAUUAGUCUUUCUAGUUGCUGAACAGGCAUGCCAAAUUUCUGAUUCGAUAAGUUUGUGCAUAUUUCCUAACAAAAUUAUCAAAACGUCAGUAUCAGAGGCUUUAAUUAAAAUCCUUGAGCCUGGUUCUGCUUUAGAAGCAUGAAAAAUAAUCCUUGUAUCUGCCUCUUCGUGAUGACAUUGCUUGAUGUCGAUGUAUGCUAGAUAGUUUUUCUUCUAUUAUCUCUUCCGGUCUAAAUCCAUCUCUGACUCGAACAUAAUUAUGGAGUACCGUAAUUACUUUUACAAUCCGUUCGGCAGAAUCCACAGCGACAUCUAUUGGGCGAUGUAGUAUUCUCCAUUUAUUAUUGGCUAUACCAAAAGUACAUUCGACAUAUCGACGCGCUAAAGUAAGCCGAUAGUUGAUUUCUUUUUUCGAACGUAAGUUGCUUUACACCAUAGGGCCUAAUUAAAUUUUCCAUCAGUCCAAAUGCUUCAUCACUUACAAUUACGUAAGGUAGUGCCGUAUCGUGGUUUUCUGUUAAAGGGCAUAGUUUUGGUAUAUCCAAACUUUUCAGUGAGUUUUUUGUAUAGGACAGAUUCUCUAAAAAUUCCGGAAUCACUAUCCUUUCCGUAAGCACCAAUGUCUACCCAGAUGAAGCGAUAGUCAGAAUCACAUAACGAUAGUGGGACCAGAGAUGAAUAAUUUUUAUAAUUACAGUACAAGAAACCUGAGUGCUCUGGUUUCUUCUGAUAUGUUUACCAUCGAUUGCGCCGAUACAAUGAGGAAGUUUGGCGGUCUGCUUAAAUCCUUUGGAUAUUUCAAUCCAUUUUUUUUAUCAGGUAUUGGCAUAACUAUGUCUUUCAAUUUCAUCCAGAUAACUUCACAUACUUCACGAAUUAUACCAGAUAUAGUAGACUUCCCAAUUUUAUAUGAAAAGUGUAGCUCUGCCAUUGAACACCCGCUUGCAAGAUCUGGAAUAAUUUACUUCAUUUUAAUUUCAUUUUCACAGGUAAUUUGUUGCAGAAGUGGAAAAGCUUAAAAGAUAAUUUUAUAAGAGCGGCGAAAAAAGUAAAAUCUGGGUCUGGAGCGUGUAAAAACUACAUACAUUAUUAACAGGCCCCUCUUUUUGAAAUCUUCCACACCAGGAAAAGAAAAGCACAGUAAUUUCAGUGAAGAUAAUGAAACUGAGGCUGAUAAUAUUGAUAAUGAUAAUAACGCUGAAAUGCCACCACCUUCCAAGCCAACUGCUAAAAGAGUCAAAUUCAAUGACAGUGAUAACAAAUUUAUUAAAAUUCUAGGAAAGAGUAUUGAACAGAGACAUACUGAGUUUACCGAAUUAGCAAGGAAAACACAGGAGGUGGGAGAUGAGGACAAAUUAUUUUGCUUGUCUUUAGUAAACGAAAUAAAGAAAAUACCCGAACAUAGACGCCUUAGAGCCAAGAUUGACAUGUAUAAUUUAAUAGCGCAAUACCAAAACCCAACUACGGAUGAUCAUUCUCCUUCAGCAUCUAAAUUCUCGUCUGAAAAUUAUUGGCCCUCACAACAAUAUUCGUCUGGUUAUGGCUACACAACGAGCGGACGAGACAUAGCACCUGGGACGCCGUCAUCAGUUGCCACCAGCAGUGAUGAUUCUCAACUAGAAUUGUUUACAGAUUGUUAAUUAUCAAUAUUAAUAAAUCUUACCUUAAAACAAUGAUUAGUUUUUCUUUGGGUGAAAUACAAUAUCUGAUGGCGUUCGGAGCUGCUGUAACAACAACUAUCAACGACUAAACAUUCAAAUCCUAAAUGAAACGGAGGAACUACGUGAGAUAUUGUUGGAAACAUAUUGGAGGCAGUGCAUAAACAUCUUAACAGGUUCGGUCCAGCAACGUUUCAUGACGUUAAUUUUAGAAAUUCAUAAUAGACACAACGUUUAAUCACGUCGGCUUUUAAUUUCCAUUUAUUCACACUACGUUCCCUAACGUCGGAAGUCAAUACGAUAUUCAACUAAAUAGAUAUUUGCGCCGCAUCACUUGGAAGUUUCAAAGGUCUACUGCCGCAGCAAAUCAGUUUUUAGGAACGUUUUGCGAAAAUCCGUUACACCCGCACAUACGCACACACAGAACGUUGGUAGACGUCACGGGAAGUAGGGACGCGGCUAGCUUCAGUCAUUUUGCGCCGCAUCAAGAGAAGCUCUUGGUUCGCGUACAUCGCUCGACCGAUUUGAAGUUUCGAAACAGUUGUUGGAAGGUCAUGGUGCUGUCCACAUAUAAUUGUCUUUGAUGCACUGCAUUUAAAUUUGGAAUAUCUUUAUUUUAUUUUUAUACGGGAUUUACACUCGCGCUUCGUCCCUCGCCUCGUGGCUCGCCUCGUCCCUCGUGCGAGGCUCGUGUUGAUCGAUGGUAAAUGAGUUGCCUGUUUACACUCGCGUGCCGAGUUCAGUCGUCUUUGAGCUAGCAACAAUGGAGGACGUCGAAGUUUUAGCAGCAACAAGUUUGUGCGUACUGGGCUUAUACUGCUACGUCACUAAUUUAAAUAAAAGGAAAGUAGUAAAGAAACGGCGGUGGCGCCCAAGAAGAUGGUGGAUGAUAUCGAUUCAUCGCAAUAGAACCCUGCAAAGUAUGGAACAAAUGUUUCAAGAAAUGCUGAAUGAAGAUUCUGGCGAGUUUCAGAAUUUUUGCCGAAUGUCACCAAAUGAUUUUGAUUUUCUGCUAAGCAAAGUAGAACCUUUGAUUAAAAAGCAAAAGACUAGACUCAGAAUACCCAUCCCAGCAAAAGUGCGCUUAGCUAUAACGUUACGAUUCUUAGCUACUGGCGACAGCUACAGGAGCCUUCACUACUUAUUCAAGGUUUCCAGUGCAGCCAUCUCAAUCAUUGUACAAGAUGUCUGUAAUGCUAUCAACACAGUGCUAAAGGAUCAGAUAAAGAUGCCGCGGACAGAGGCAGAAUGGUUAAAUAUAGAAAGGCGCUUUCAGAGAAAAUACCCACAUUGUGUAGGUUGUAUUGAUGGCAAGCAUGUACAGAUACAAUGUCCAAUUGACAGUGGCUCAGAAUACUACAAUUAUAAAGGGACUUUUAGUUUUGUGCUCUUAGCUUUAGUUGAUAAUGAUUACCGCUUCAUAUUUGCCGAUAUCGGAGCUCAGGGUAGAAUUAGCGAUGGAGGCGUAUUUCAAAACAGUGUUCUUUGGGAAAGAAUUUCUACAGACACUAUUAAUUUACCACCUGAUUGUCCACUUCCUGGUGGACAAUGUAAUGUACCAUAUGUUUUUCUCGGAGAUGGGGCAUUUGCGUUAAGCCAACACGUUAUGAAACCUUUCCCAGGAAACCAUCCCCUUGGUUCAUUACAACGCAAUUUUAACAAGAGAUUAUCUAGUACACGUGUUAUCGUUGAAAAUGUUUUUGGAGUUCUAACAACAGUUUUUAGAAUCUUUAAACACCCAAUGGAAAUUAAUAAGGAUAAAGCUAUAUUGAUAACAAAGACUUGUAUUCUAUUACAUAAUUUUCUCAGAAAUAGUAGGACUUCAAGAAACAUUUACACACCUCCUGGUACCUUUGAUACUGUUGUCAAUGAUGAAAUAAUUCAAGAAGGUUCUUGGAGGCGACAGGUUUCCACUAACCCGGCUAUAAUACCUAUUCCAACUGUAGCUAGACGUGCAGCACAGAGUGCCAUAGACGUAAGAAAUGAGUUCGCUAAUUUUUUUCAAAGGCAAAAUGUUUAAGACAAUAAAUUGUUACCCAUUUUAUCGAAUAGUAAUGAGGUUAUAAAUCAGUUGCUAAGAGCAAACUCGCCAGCCAAAGGUUCGGUUAAAACAUUGCUAAGAUAUCAAAAUUAUUUAAUUAUUGUGUAUUAUUUAUAUUGGAUACAACUUUUGAUAGUAGGUAAUUAUUAUUUAUAGAAGUACUUGCUUGUGCCCGGCCCGGGACUCGAACCUGGGAUAAAAAGUAUCUAUUAUGUUAUUCUGGGUCAUUCUAUAUCUGUGCCAAGUUUCAUCCAUAUCUGUUCAGCAGUAACGAUAUACUAGCGCCAUCUACCGACUAGCGUCAUCUGUCUAUACCUACUUGAUGAUGAUUUAUUGAAGAUGACUAAUUACUUGAACUGACUAAUUACUUGAAUAAACCUAACUAAACAAA